UGGGUUUUUCAAUGACGGAGACACCCUUUUCUUGCAGGCUUCUUUGUUGGAAACUGCAGUAAAAGUGGUUGCCUCCUUAAUCCUUCAAAAUUCUUUUCAUCUGCCUUUCCUUAUUUAUUUAUUUAUUUCAAUUUAAUUUAAUUUUAUUCGUUUUGUUUAUUUAAAAAUUAAAAACAUUCACGGUUACAUUACAUCCUGGCGAUUUGCUCCUUUGGCUUCCAAUACGAAAAGGUCAUCUUUUGAGGAUUAUAUACGAUUUGGGUAUGGAUUGAAACAGAAAACUGUAUAGAAAUUCGACAUCGGGUAUUGGAUUUUUUGGCAAGGGAGAAAUUUGAUGUGGGUUGUUAUCAUUUUUGGUGAAAAAUAACGGAUUUUGAGGGAAAAGGUGGAAGUUUUUGUUGUCUAUUGCUUGUGCUGUGGAAGUUCUAGAUAUUAUUUUUUACAAGGAAUCUAAUGGGCAGUCACAUUUGGAUUGGUUUUUAAAUGAGUAAUUCCGAUACGGGUUGUUGUUCUUAUGGCGAGAAUUGAGGAAUUAUGUACAGAGACAGAACAGGGUUCUUUGCCCUUUUUCUAUUAAUCUAGUUGGGUUUCGUUUGAGUGUAGUGAGAUAUCCAAGCACUGAAGCCAAUUCCCUUGGUUGUGUUAUGGGGGAAACUGGUGUUGGUUGUUAUUAGUUUGGUGAAAGGACAAGGAAUUUUGUGAAGAGAGUGGCAGACCGUUUUUGUUUUGACAGGUUUUUGGUUGCUUUGGCAAAAAUAAGUCAUGGAUGAACUGCUUCGGCUUCACGUGGUAUGCCCUUCUGGUUUGUAAUCAUCGAAGAUCAUGAGAUUUCUGAGCGUUAUGGGCAAUUCCUUUGGAUGCUCUGCUUCUGGGGAGCGCCUGGUUUCCGCUGCAAGGGAUGGGGAUUUUCAGGAAGCCAAAGCUCUUUUGGAGUAUAAUCCACGUCUGGCAAGGUACUCAACCUUUGGCGUUCGCAAUUCUCCCCUUCAUUAUUCUGCAGCUCAGGGACACCAUGAGAUUGUGACUCUCUUGCUGGAAUCUGGGGUGGAUAUUAAUCUCAGGAAUUAUAGAGGGCAGACUGCUUUGAUGCAAGCCUGUCAACAUGGCCACUGGGAGGUUGUUCAGACUCUGAUGCUUUUCAGAGCAAAUAUUCACAAAACAGAUUAUCUUAAUGGAGGUACAGCACUUCACUUUGCUGCCUUGAAUGGGCACUCUAGAUGCAUUCGGCUCCUUCUGGUGGAUUAUAUUCCUAGUCAUCCUGAUGUAUGGAGUAUAUUAAGGAAAAGAUCUAUUAAAGAAGAAUCAACAAUUGAAUUUGAUCAAGGUGCUCUCUCCAAGGUAAUUAAUAAACCUUCUGAUGGGGGCAUUACAGCUCUUCAUAUGGCAGCACUGAAUGGGCAUGCUGAGAGUGUGCAAUUACUCUUGGACCUAGGAGCUUCUAUUUCUGAGGUUACUGUGAAAGAUGGCACAACAAUUGACCUGCUUGGUGCAGGAAGCACACCACUUCAUUAUGCUGCAUGUGGUGGAAAUUUACAAUGUUGUCAAGUUUUGAUUGCUAGAGGUGCCAGUGUGACUGCUGAAAAUGCAAAUGGAUGGACUCCUUUGAUGGUUGCUCAAUCAUGGCAUAGAGAUUGGCUUGUGGGAAUUCUAAGCAAACAGCCAGAGUGCCAGCCACAAAUUCUUCCUUCACCAUAUCUAUCUCUCCCCUUUAUGAGCAUUGUCAAAAUUGCAAGGGAAUGUGGAUGGAGGAACAGUGACUCACUACCCACAGGUGUUGAUCCAUGUGUUGUUUGCCUAGAGAGAAAAUGCGCAGUAGCUGUUGAAGGUUGCAGUCACGAGUUCUGCACUCAUUGUGCUUUGUACCUCUGUUCCACCAACAGCACAUCAACUGCUGCUCAUGGACCCCCAGGCUCAAUUGCCUGCCCUCUUUGCCGACAUGGGAUAGUUUCAUUCAACAAGCUUCCAGGUACCAGCCCGGUUAUCAAAGAAAUUGCACGAACAAACUUAUCUUUGUCCUUAUGUGCAUGCUCUGGUGAACGGUUAGAUCCCACAACGUCAACCCCAAACUUCAAGCCUGAGUUACAUUGUACCUGUCUUUCGUCUUUAGAGUCAUCCUCCUUCCGGACACUUGGCUGCCAAGGGUUCCCAUCCAUGAAACUAAACCCAAGCUUUUGCUUGGGAGCUCCAGACACUAGCCCUUCCUUAACUCCUUGUUCUGACAGGAGUAUGCGGAACCACCUGGGCAGGUGUUCAAGAUCCAGUUUGCAGCGACCAGAUUCUCACAGUGAGAGUAGAAGGUCCUGGCUCUCUGCAGGCAAUCAGUAUGUUGCAACUGGUAGUGGAAGCUGAAAUUUUAUUGCUAUUAAAUUGCCAUUUUAGUAAGGAUGUUCGUUUAUUAUUUAAGAGGUUGGGAAGUGUUAUUUAUAAUGGCAUUUGCAAGUUUGUAAAUAGAGCAACGUGUAUUGAUUACCAUGUAUAACAAAAGCAGAAAAAAGAAAAAAAGAAAAGAAAAGAAAAUUCCCACGGACACUCGUCUUAUUUGAACAAUGAACAUGGUAUUGAGAUGUUUGAACCUUUC